CAUGCAAACGUAUAUUGGCCGGGGUUUAUUUAUUCAGCCGGCUCCCUUCGCGUGUUUAGCAGCUUCCCCGUUCCUCAUCCACCCGAAAGAUACCUACGUCAAGGAAGGUGAUCGAAUUACAUUAAGAUGUAAAGUCGAAUCGAAUUACAGAAUUGUGUGGUUGUAUAAGAAUAAGAAGUUAGAUAGAGGAGCAAAUGAGGAUGGAAAACUGGUGAUUAAGAAUUUUGGAAGCGAGGACGAGGGUGACUAUAGGUGCUCUGCGAAGAAGAUUGGCUCAGCCUUUACUGUUCUUAGUAAAGUCGCUCGAGUUUAUUUAGCCUUUACUGAAAAGAUGGAAAGAGAUGAGUUCAAGGUUGAAGCGACGACGAAUAAUUAUGCUAUAAUCAAAUGCAAAGUACCCCGCUCAAAACCGGAAGCCGAAAUUUAUUUCGAAUUUAAUAGACGGCGGCUAUAUAUUGAUCGGCUCGAAAAUCAUUUCCUCAUGGACGACGGUUAUUUGCAUAUUGUCUCGGUAACGGAAAAGAAUUCAGGGCGUUACCAAUGCUUCUCCAAAAAUCACAUCAGCGGUCAAGUUCAAAGCGGUUACGUGACUAACUUAAUUGUGAAAACUCCGACAGUGCCCGAAAAACCGUCCUUUUAUAGAGACCCUCCUAAGAAAAUCUUUAUAAUUGAGGGAGAAAAUGCAACGAUACCCUGCUGUAUAAAAUCUGUACCGCCCCCUGUUAUACGAUGGGGACGACACCCAAAUUCGUUGCAGCUACCCCACCCAAGAAUCUUUCAACGUUCUGAUAAUGCUAUUCAUAUCACAAAAGUUAUACCAGAGGAUCAGGGUUAUUACAUGUGCCAAGCCACUACAGCUGAUACUGAACAAUCAACUUAUUUACAAGUUAAUCUAAGACCAAAAGUUACAGUAGAAAGGAGACAAAUAUACGAAAGAUCGGGAACAAGGAACGUUCAGAUUCGUUGUAACGUCAGAGGUGUCCCCGAACCGAAGGUUAAGUGGUACGUCAACGGCAAACCAGUUAAGAAGCGGACAAGUAAAUCACUGAAGAUAAAACGUAAGUCGAUCAAAGAUAUUCACAACUAA